AUGGUACCUCCUCUGCCCCCCGAACUCAUAGCCUUGAUCAUCGACAACCUCCACACCGUCAGGACGCUUAAAAGUUGCAGCCUCGUUGCGGAUGUGUUUCGCCAACCCGCUCAGCGCAAACUGUAUCGCCACUUCACGGUCAGGAUCGAGUAUAUCAAGGGAGCCUUUGACUGCUCCUUAGACGAGGAGCUCGUAGCCCAUCUCCUUGCAUCCCCUCACCUCGCACGCUAUGUUGUUUCGUUCACAUUGUCCGCUAUCAUCCGCGGCGGCAGCUGGGAGUUGGAGCCCAUAACCCGUCGACUGGCCACGUUAUUCAAACACCUUUCGAAUGUGGCAGCUCUGAAUAUCUCCGUUGACUCUCUCGCCUGGACUCGGAACUCCCCACUCACUGGCACCCCGUUGAUCACAUUCACCAUGGCCAUCGAGAGAUUUAUUCGCGACCAAGCAGCAACCCGCACCUUGCGUCAGCUUGGAGUGAGCAGCUUUUCAAAAGUCCCGGUUGCUUUCAUUACACACAUCCUCAUGGCCUGCCCGACUGUGGCCAUUCGUCAUCUCCGACCCUCGCUCCAACUUGAAUAUCCUGACAACAAUGGCUUCCCUCUGCCGAUGGAGAGCACCGGUAACACCCGCCUGUGCCGACUCAAAGCCGAAAUCUUCGAUAUCAGCCACCCAGAGCCACCGGUGCAUCAGCUUAUGAUUCCUCACGUUAAAUUCUUGCGUACCCUUGUCGCGACUGGUUGUAGUCCGAUGAGCUGGGACCCCCGUCUUAUAGCAUCCUAUUUGCACGACCUCUGCUCCGCCGCCAGCGCGACACUAGUGCAUCUAUCGAUAGAGCUUCCCGCGCAAGGACAACGUGACCCGCCGCCACCAUUUCGCCUUCCACGCCUCCCGCACUUGCAGUACCUCCAAAUCAAAUUUCACAUGUCCAGUCAGCAAGACGACAAACCAGAUGCACCAUCGUUGACACACCCGGCGGGACUACUUGCACUGCUGUCUCUUUUCUUAAUCAGUGAUGCUUUCCCUGUGCUCUCAGAGCUAUGCCUUCGUCCCGACAUGUUCACCGGCCCGGGCUAUGACUCAUCGUCGCACUGGGACCGCUUGGACUUUCGCAGUAUCAGUAUGCCGCCAUGUCAUGAGUUGGACAACAUUAUUGUUGGUCUUCCGGUCGGUGUAUCGACUCGCUGCGUGCCUCGCUUCUGCCACUGGUUCUUAGGAUAUGUCAAAGAAACAUUUCCCAUGGAUUCGCCACUCCACCAUCAGCGCUUCGGAAUGUAUGCUCAAGCGUUGCCUGCAGCUCUUCCCAAGGCGACGGCCCAGGGUCUCAAGAUUAUCAACUACCAUGCAGGGGCAGAGUGGAGGGAAGAAGAGGUCGAGUUCUGUGAAUAA